AUGGCGAUAAAAGUCCGUGUCCUCAGCCUCAAUUGCUGGGCACUACCUUUGAAAUGGCCAUUUGGAAGCAGUGAUCAUUUAUUUCGGCUGAAAAAACUCGAAGAAGCUUUACUUGAAAGUCAUUACGAUUUUGUUGCGUUAGAAGAGGUUUGGUGCGAAAGUGAUUUUCUGCAGUUGCGAGAAGUACUGGAAAAGCCCUAUCCUUUCGGCCAUUAUUUUCACAGUGGCUUUACUGGAAGUGGUAUUUGUGUCUUUAGUCGUCAUCGUAUUGUUUCAACUUUAAUGUAUCGUUUUACUUUAAAUGGGUUUGCUCAUCAUAUACACAGAGGUGAUUGGUUUGGAGGAAAAGGUGUAGGCUUGGUGCAAGUUGAAAUUGAGCAGUAUCAAAUCAACUUUUAUGUCGCUCACCUUCACGCAGAAUAUAAUCAAAAAAAUGAUUCAUAUUUACCUCAUCGCCUAGCACAAGCAUUCGAACUAGCUCAAUUUGUUAAACACACAAGUUGUUCUGCAGAUGUUUUAAUUCUUAUGGGUGACUUUAAUAUUGAACCCGAUGAUUUAGCUUACUCUUUAAUAAUGAAGAACGCAAAUUUGCUAGAUGCUUGGGUUCAAAAGCCGAAUUUUACUGAAGAUUGUGGAGCAACAUACGGAAGAGCCGAUAACUGUUACACUCCACAGAGUCAGAAAAAUAAAGGAUUCAGUGGACAGCGUUUGGAUUAUGUAAUGUACCGCAGAGUUAGAAGUAAUAUAGAAACGAAACUAUGCGAAAUAGCGCUAAACUGCAUACCUGGAGAAAAAUUAAACUAUAGCGAUCAUGUUGGAAUUUGCGCCGAAUUUGUUGUGUCGGACCACCAUAACAGCGUCCAAAUUACAAAGGAGUUGUCACCGGUCUCAUCAGAUUUGCUGAAAGAGGUUAUCCAAAUUUUAGAACAAGGAUUAUCUAGGAUUACUUUCGAUCGCCGAAUUUUCUUCGGCUUUGUUGUUCUAUUAGCACUAAUAAAUUUGCUUACAUUCUUUCUCGAUAUAUAUUUUCCUUCUAUCAAAGUUGGGAUGCAGAUAUUGCGAUUUUUCUUUACAUUAUUAAUUGGGUUUUGUGUCUGGUAUAGUUGUAUAGGCUUAACCUUGGAGCAUAAGGCGUUGAAAGCAUCAAAAGCAUCCAUUAAUAUGUUGUUGAAUGAUUAA